CUUCUGGGGCUGGAUUGACACACAAUGAGGAGCAGAGAGGCCGGGGAGACGCUCCACAAACGCCGCUGUAAAUAAUUACAACAAUCACAGAGGCCGGAGAAACAUGGAGAACCAGUGCACGGUGCAGGUGAAGCUGGAGUUGGGCCACAGAGCUCAGCUGAAGAAGAAGGUGACCUCUGAAGGCUUCACCCACGACUGGAUGGUUUUUGUCAGAGGCCCAGAGACCGGCGACAUCCAGCACUUUGUAGAGAGGGUCGUCUUCCGCCUGCAUGACAGCUUCCCCAAACCUAAGAGAGUAUGCAAGGAGCCUCCAUACAAAGUGGAGGAAUCGGGCUACGCAGGCUUCAUCAUGCCUAUUGAGGUUUACUUCAAGAACAAGGAGGAGCCAAAAAAAGUAAUCUUCAACUAUGACCUGUUCCUUAACUUGGAAGGAAACCCUCCCGUUAACCACCUGCGCUGUGAGAAACUCACCUUCAACAACCCCACCAAAGAAUUCAGGAAAAAGCUCAUCAAGGCGGGAGGGAUACUGGUGGUCCCUGAGGGGGCUGAAGCUAUGUCGAGGCCCAGUCCGGACUACCCAAUGCUUCCCACCAUCCCCCUCUCAGCCUUCUCAGACCCCAAAAAGACAAAGACCUCUCAUGUAUCAAAGGAACCAAGCAAAGAAGGAAGUGGUGGAAGCAGCAAAGGACCCAAACCACACAAAUUGACCAAGGAGCACCGUGAACGAUCGCGAAAAGACUCUGAGAGCAAAGGGUCGUCCAAAGGCGACGACCGAGAUGGGAGCAGCAAAAGUGGUCGUGACCCUUCCUCGUCCUCCUCUUCGAAAAAGCCAUCAGAGAUCAAAGUGAAGGACGAAGUGAAAGUUCAGCCGAAGGCGGCCUUCAAGGAGCCCAAGCUCACCCUGAAGGAGUCGAAGAUGGAUGGCAUGUCCCCUAAAGGAGGGGGGGCAGGAAGUGGCGGAGGAGGCGGUGGAGGAGCGGUGGAGGCCAAAGCUCCGGGGAAACGCCCCUCCACCGUGGAGUCCCCCAAACCCAGCGCCAAGAAGCAGAAGAAGGGCAGCUCUGACGGGCUGAAGGGACCGACCGGCAGCGCGUUCACUGGGACGUCGCCGCGCGUCUCUUCGUCCACGGCCGUCAGCCAGUCCUACGGCGAGAAGAAGCCUUCCAAGGAGAAAGGCCGCUGGCCGCCCAAGAACAAAAAUGAUGCCCAGGAGUUGAAGGAGCUCAAGAAACUUCCAGAGUCGGAGGAGUCCAAUUCAGAGGACGAAGCGUCGUCAAAGUCAGAGCAAUCAGCUGCUUCGAGUCCUUCCAACUCUACUUCCAGUUCUGACUCCAGUUCAGAUUCAGACUUUGAGCCUGGACAAAAACCAGGUCAAGGCCCGCUCAGAUCCAUGGUGGAAGAGAUCCAGUCAGAAGAGUCGGACGAUGACGACAGCAGCUCAGAAGAAGAGACGCCCGUCAAAACCAAUCCCCCCAACCGCGACUCUCGACUCAGCCUGGACAGCGAGAGUGACAGCAGCGAUGAAUCGCACCGCCCCAGUCGAGACCCCGCCCCACCCCCACAGAAACACGGCUCCUCCAACAACAAAGUUGUCCGAAAAAGUCCAGAUUCCUCUUUUCGCUCGGAGAAGGUGAUGAAGAAGGGAUACGACAAGGUAGGAAGGGCCUACACAGAGGAGCUGGUGGACCUCCACCGCAGACUGAUGGCAUUAAGGGAGCGAAACGUCCUGCAGCAGAUUGUCAACCUGAUCGAGGAGACCGGCCACUUUAACGUGACAAACACCACCUUUGACUUUGACCUCUUUUCAUUGGACGAGUCUACCGUCCGCAAACUACAGAGCUACCUGGAGGCGACGGCCACGUGACAGGAAGCGGCAGGGGCCGGCGUGUGGAUGUCAGCGGCAGAGGUAGCCUCGCCAUCAUGCCUGCUCUUUGCGGAAGAGACGAGCAGAAACGUCUGUCGCGGCCUUUUCACGAGCCUGACUGAAGCAUCGAACAACCACACCACGAAACAGAAACACACGAACAGUCGCAAGCACACAACACCACCUUCACGUGACGCUGGGGAGGAAACAGGAGGAGGAGGAGGUGGUGUGUGAGGAAACGCCGGAGCAUCUGACCUCCGUCUGGUCAGGGUUUUCACUACACACACUUCGAAUCUGUGCCGAGCUGAGGAAUUCGCCCAACAAACCCCCACCCCGUUCCUCCCUCCUGCACUUAAACCGCUCCCGCCUUUGCAAACCUAAUACUUCCCCUCCUCCUCUCCUCCUCCACAUGCACACUCCUGUCUGAGCAGAACACUCCGGCCCCUGCGUUGUCAGCUGGAGCUCAUUUUUCUUCCAACACACUCCUGAGUUGCGUGUGAACGCCGUCCGUGAGUCUGCGCGCGACUUGUUCUGCUGAGGUUUAAGAAGACAUGUUGUCUUUGUGGUCACGGACUUCUUUGUUUAUGAAACUUGAGCACAAACAGCCGGUUGCAUUUCUACCACCAGUCACUCGCCAACAAGCACACUUUGCCCUGCUAACCUCCACCCCCCCUCCCCCCGUUUGGCAUUAUUAGUUUAUAAGCACUGAAAAUGCUUUUAACACACUUUAGUUUUCUUGUAAAUGACAGAAAAAGAUUUUCGACAUUUUUUUAUUUUGAGUUUUAAAAAGUAAAAACAUUGAUUUUCUGUUAUUUUCUUUCGUCUAUGUAAAGUUUUUGUUACAGAGCUAAUUGAUGGCUGUUUUCCAGAACGGCUAGUUUUUUUAAUCACUACAGAAAAGAUUAAUAGUUGCCUCAGUGUUGCUUCAUUAUCAUUGGAUACAAAUUACCCUGAAAGUAGCACACUUUUGUUUUUAAUUUAAAAAAUGUUAACUUUUGUCAUUAAAAUGCAAAAUUAAGGUUACUUCAGCUAAGAUUAAGAAAAGAGAGGCUGUCCGGUUGCAACAAAUUUAGAUUGAGUUUGAGUUUAAUUAGAUAAUAAAUGACAAAGCAACAAAGAAUAAAAAUAUAUUUUGAGUUUAUAUUGAAUUACUUUACAUUUUAGCUACAAUCAGACUUUCAUUUAAGCUUUCAAGUGCUCUAUUCUUUCUUUCUAUAGCCUGAAAAGCUUUCCACCGAGUACUGAAACAUUUUUUCAAGGAAAAUGUUGUUAAAAGCUUAAAUUACAUAUCUAUGAUUCAUGUAAAAAAGGCACCUAAACUGAAGGGAUGAACACGUUUAAAAUCGGCAAGGUUUUCUCUGAUUGGCAGCUCAACAGUUUUACAAUAGCCACUUUCCUUGAAUUGCAGAAAAAUCAGGGAAAAUGCUUUGAUGCCUAAAUGUUAAUAUUUUUUAAGCCCUUUUUUCUGUUGAAUUAAAACAGAAACAUCUUUCUUCAUCUCUCUGUUGAAAUCCGUAGAAACUGUAAUCAUCCUCACAGAAAAUUUGUGUCAACCAGCAAAAUUCUAGCAUCUUUACCAACGAACAACUUGGCUGAAAGAUUCAUUCUUACGGUACAAAGAAGAUCGGAAGAGGAUCUUUCUGUGAUCAAAAACUAAAACGUUUUGAUUUU